GGAACAUGUAUCCACAAGUUGCAGGUUUGUAGCAGGUUGGUGAACAGCGCAACAGAAGCACAAGGAUACACUGGUUAAUUUCAAGCAUCUUAGAUGCACCUAAUAUGUACACAACGAGGGCCACUGAUGUCACAUUCUGUUGUGACUUCAGUCAAAAUCGCUUGAUUAGUGCUGUAUUCAGAAGGGUGGAGGGGGUAAAAGUGCGUCGUACUUGGCACUGCAGGAAUAUGCAGUAAUGUACAGUAAUUUCUUCUGUCAAAAUAGUGGUAUUCAUUGUAUUUGUUUAAUUAAAGCGAAGAUGGGAGAGCACACAUGAGCUUACCAAAAGUUUUAUUUUUCACAAUGAGACAGAUGCGUUUCGGCAGGAUGCCUUCAUCAGCAACAAAGCAUCGAAGCCCUUAACUUCGGUGAAAAUUAUUAAAUUGUAUUGCCUUUAAACCCGGUAGCCAAAAUGCUGCAUUUUUGUUUUUCCAAAUGAGUGACAGAACAGAUUAUACAACCUACUGUAGUCCUGUGUGUGUGUUGGGGGGGCAUUAAUUUCUCAUUUCAUUCAUAUUAGCAACUUAAUUGUAUUGGCAGCACUCUGUGUACAGUAGCAAUUUAUUAUUUACCGUCAAUUGUAUCACUGCACAGGAGGGGUUUUCAUUGGGUUAAGGUUCAGCUGUACAGCUCACUGUGCACUGAAAAACGGGACCUGGCUGAGUCUGCUUCAAACGGGACCAUUUCAACCACGUACUGUACCACAAUGUGCCGGGUUGUAUUAUAUUACAAUGGGCUACUUUGUGUAGUGGUGAGUUAAGUGUAUUGAGGCUUCUUGCCAGUGCUAUGGCUAAUAAAGUGAGAGAAAGACAGUAUGGCACCAAAAGUCAUGAAGAUGGUGUAAUCAAGAUGCAACUGUUGUUAUUUCUAUUACUGUAAUUUAGUAUUUUUUGCAAUAAUUAUGAAUAUGCAUUCUGACUUCUGCAGUAUGCUUGUCAUUCCUGCUGCACAGUUAUGCAAUUUUUACUGUUUCCUGCACAGUGGACUGUUGCACGCUCCAAGAAAUAGAAGUUAAGCUGCCCUUUCCUCUAUUUUCUUCUUGAUGGUUUCCGAAGCUGACGGCUUCGUGGCUGCAUUUACAAAGGACUCAUUUUCUGUGUAUGGAAUGACUUCUGUUUCGUCAUGAGAUCUGCCAUUUUUAUCCAUGUGUGUGUCUCUCUCUCUCCCUCCCUUCCUAGUCCCUUAUUCCCUCACGCACCACGGUCACAAAUUGUGACACAGUUCUAAAUGCAUGCUGUUCUCCUAGUAGCAGCCUAUUCUCGUUUUUGCUCCAAAAUCCCAUUGCACAAUCUGUGUAUGUUACCAAGUAGUUCUUUUUUAUGCUUUAAUGGGUGGGUGGGGUUAUUUUGGAAGAAAUGUCUAAUGUAAGUAUUUACUAUGCAUUGCCAAUCAUAAGAGAGAGUGGGAAAUGAGCAAGCAAAGCAUGACUUCUGUUGCAUUCACAUCUUCAGCCAAGACAAGCAUGGGGCCAAAGGGGGGGUGGGAGGGGAUAAAAGGGAAAAUUUAAAAGAAAAAAAAAAGUAAAAUGCUGUACCAUGAAACCCUGAUUUCUAGUGAAGCCUUUCAUUGAAUUUGAUAUUUAAAAGUAAUGUUGUUUAUAAUUAUAGGUGGCGUAACUGAAAAUGCACAUGUAUUGCCCCUUAAUCUGAAACAGUCUAGAUGCAUUAAACUCCUUCUUCACGGAUGUCCCUCACCCCACUUGUUUGGCAGCUCGCAGCCCAGUGUGCUGGACUGUGUGCGCAGCUGUUCACGCUUUGCAGUCAUCUGCCUCUCCAUAUUGGACCCACCAUUACCCCCUCUCUCUCGCUUUCCAUGUGUAUCCUAUAUGCAAAUACAUAGUCAGAUAUUUGAUUUAAUUUGAUAUAUAUUUAUAGAAAUGGGUGCCUUGUCUAAUGAUCAAGCCUUUUUCUUUUCAAAGGGCUUUCUUGGAAACACUGUGGACUGUGACAUUAUUACGUUAUUUCUGCUGCUGUAGCAAACAGGACCAUAAAAUAUAGAGCUGAUUGACCAUUCAGUGUAAAGUGCAUCAUGGGGUAGCUCUUGGCACCUUGGCAGAUGGCAUCAUAAUAUCUAAGACCUGGACAUUCUGUACCCACGAGUGGCUUGUCCAUUAGCCAUCCAGUUCACUUGUCCCGUUUUCUCCAGUCAGUGCUUUGUGUAGAGCAGGUCUGAUCACUGUUUAAGGCACCCUAGCACGUGUCUUUCUUAUCUAUAUAAAUAUACCAGAACUGUACUGUGUAUUUGGGCUUUCGAUCUUGUUUUAAGAGGGUUUUAAUUAUGUAUCCUUAAGAGUUGAGGUACGUUUUUUUUAAUUUUCUUUUUAUAAUAAAUGGAAAAUUCUGUCAUUUUUUUUUGUUCCUGUCUAAAUAGAAAUUAAAUUGUUAGAAGAGCAUGGGUUGAGAAGGAAACUGAGCAGAACACAAAUCCCUGCUGAAAUUUUGUUUGUAUGCUUAAAAAAAAAAUGCCAUUUGUCACAUAAAAGAGCCUUGCAGCCAUUAUAUAUGCUCCUUUAUAGGCAUAGACAUAGUUUAGCGUUAAGGACAUGAAUUUGUAACCUAAAGCCUGAGGAUUGACUUCCCUUUCCUUGCCGCUGUUGUGGAAUGCCCAAGCGAAGUACUUCAUCAUAGUUGCUCUAACUAAAGCCAUAUACAGUGCUGCUUGAAAGUAUUCAAACCCCUUGUGUCCCUUAGUUUUACCAGGAAAUGGUUAUUUCAUGAGAAUCAGUCUUUUGACAUAAUAGGUGUGUAAUGACCAAUUCCUUAUGUUGCUUUAGAGGAAAUCGUGUGUAUCAAAAAAAACAGAAGUGGUGCAGAAAUAAGUAGAGCCCAAGUUGCACUGGUUAAACCAAAUAGGUAGGUGGGAUCAAGUGUGUGAAUCAAUCAUUUGUUUAUUGUAAUAUUUUAUGCAUGAAUAAUGACAUACCUAUAGUGUUGACAUCCUUUCAAGCAGCACUAAAUGGGUCAAUACUGGAAAUGUAUUUUGGUUAAAGUCCCAACUGAGCAAUUCAUUUAAUUUCUGACCUGUAAAUGUUUACAAUGCACUUUUGUAUUAAGGAUAACCAAGGGGCACGUAAACAAAUGAAAUGCAUAACGAGUUUAGCCGGAGACAUGACAGAAGCGCGAUAAAGUGCUGCACUUUUUUUUAAUUGCAUUUAUGAAAAUUAACAUGUAAACCAAUAAAACUCUGCUUGCAAUAGGUUCUAGAGGUAUUUGCAAUGCGGUGAAAGAAACUAGAAAAGGGGCGUACGACCAAGUGCGUGCAAAGGUCUCCCAGCAACACGGCGUAAUGGGAAAUAUGUCUGCAGCACUAGGGGCGAGUUUCACUUGAGCAAACUGCACGCUGCCAGCGUGGAACGCUUCUCAAAACCGCCGGAGCACAUCUCCUGCGUGGCAGGUGCAGAAAGGGACUGCAAGGGAGCCGUCCACAUCAAGGCUGAGAGCGGAGACGGACGGGUGGACUAACUUGAAGGAGAGUGUGUUUGGGGGGGAAAAAAGAGGGAGCAACGCUUGCACGAACAGGAAAGGGUUCAGUAGUGCGUCGGCAUUCUGAAAAGCAUCUCCUAAAAUAAGAUGGUGCCAAGAGCGAUCCUUCUCCUCUGUUGCUGUGCAGCUGUUGCCUGCGGCAGCCAGAUUGCAGUGAACUUUAGCCUCGUUGAGCCAUCUCUUCAGGUCAAGCUAGAUGGCUCGGCUGAACUGAAUUGCUGCUACACCACCACCCAAGGAUCAGUACAAGCACGCUGGAUCGUUUUCUCCCCUAACAGCAGCACACAUUCUAGGGUGAAUUUAGACACAAGAGUUACCGUAUUCAAUUCCCAAGAAAACUGUUUCACGCUGAAACUAAUAAAUGUCAGACUAAAUGACACCGGCUUAUACUGCUGUUUACUAAACCACACGAAGAUGUUCAUCUCCCCUGGCACCUUCCUGCAAGUCUACAAACCAAUAGAGAAGAUUAUAAACAUCAGUGAAAGCGCCAAAAACAGAAUCCUUGUGGCAGAAGGGAUUAUGCUUUUGCUCUGUCUGAUGGUGCCUGGGACUAUACUGAUCGGUAAGACAAGGAGAGAGAGUGAAUUGCAGAAGAAGAAGAGCAACAUUGAGGAAGAGAACAUUUACGAAGGUCUGAACCUGGACGACUGCAACUCUGCCUACCACCAGAUCCAGCGCUCGCAGGUUCAGUGUACCUACCAAGAUGUGGGCAAUGUCGGAGACUAUGACGUUCAGCUGGAGAAACCUUAGACGAAAGGAACUAGCAAGAUCUGAAGGAAUUUCUAUACUUCUUAUGCAACAAAACCUUAUUCAUUACCUGUUUAUCAGCUUUAAAAAACUUUUUUUUUUUUUUUUUUUUUUCUUUCUCUCACUGAUUUUCCACUGCAAAAUACCUGCUUUGGAUUGAAUUUUCCAUAAUAUAACAUGACAGGAUUUUUCUUAUUUGCUUGUUCAGCACUGCUGUUGCUUUUGUUGACUACAGAGUUGUUCAGAAUAAAUCUGUUUGUAUCUGAGGAAUUGUUGAGUGACGUCUUUCUGACAUACAACAGUUUUAUGCUGGUAAUAGACCUGUUCGUUAUCUACUUUGACAAAGUUUUCUUAAUUGUAUUUGUUCUGUUCAGCAGAAGUUGGUUUUUGAAUGCUUGCUUUGGGUCAUUUUUAUUCUCUUAGCAUACCAGCAGUACGUCUUUAAGGAGAACCAAGAUGUUACCAGUUUAACACAUUUUUAUUGUUAUAUAUACAGUAGGCGGGAUUUUUACUUUUGCAUAAGGGAACUAUAGUAUAAUUUUCUUUAGUAUCUCGAUAUUCUAGAACCUCAACAAAAUUGUUGUAAAUAAGU